AUGUGUAAUACACACAGAUGGCUUUGCUGUCACCUUUUUGUUUGUCCCGUUCCCGUCAAGAAAAAAGUUGCAACAGCUACACUCACUCUUGAGGAUGUUACUCCUGCUGAAAUCAACAAGUAUUUCAUGCCGAUAGCUGUAGAUCCAAGGCGUCAUGAGAUAGUCACAGCUGUCGUUGGUUACAACACAGAUAGGCAUCAAAUGCGCGCAUGUAGCAAAGAGGAGCGCGCUCAAAUGGCUGGAUAUAACAGACGUGCAAGGGUCGUAGAUGGAAAAGAAGGUUGCAACUGGCAUGAAAGAAAUGGAGACCCAUCUACCGACGUGCAAGACUGUUCCCUCCGAAAUACAAUAGAAGCUGUACCUUUCUUAUGUAGUGAGACAUAUCCAAAGCUUACAUGCAUUUUAUGGCUUCCACUCUGCCAAAUUCAUAUUGAACGACUAUCAAGGCCCGUCAAAGAGCCAACGAAGAGCUCGCUAACAUGCUUUCUGGAUGGAGGCAAAAAAUACAAAGCAAAGACUGUUAACAAAUGGACCGCUGCUCCAUUUUUUGAAGACUGCAAGAAAAUUCCAUUCGUCAUUUUUGGUGACGGGGAUGAAGAACAAGGAUUGUGGUUUCAUUUAAAGGCCACCCAGCAGGUGCGACAGAAAAGGUAG